AUGGACUUGCACCUGCUCAGAGCAGACUCUCCCAUGGCCGUCCGACACAUCAACCUCUGCUACGAUCACACCGACUCCGAGCGCUCGGCCUUGCGCCUGAUAUACACAUUAUGUCCCGACUGGGAGCACUCGGAAGGCCCGGUUGAAUUGAUCCCCUUCACUGAGGGCAUCACGAAUACUCUUAUGAAAGCGAUCAAGAAGCGACCAGGAUACACACAACAAGACAUUGAUGCGGACGCAAUCCUCCUGAGGGCAUACGGCAAGGGAACAGAUGUCCUGAUAGACCGCGAGAGAGAAACUCGAUCGCAUUCUUUGCUCGCGGGCCGCGGACUAGCGCCACCGCUAUUUGCACGCUUCGAGAACGGUCUACUGUACAAAUACAUCGCGGGCGACGUAUGCAGUCCCGAAGACCUCCGCAGACCUGACGUAUACCGCGCCGUUGCACGACGACUCGGUCAAUGGCACAGCACACUACCAAUCGCUGCCAUCAGUUCGCUCCAAACACUGCAAGAGCAAAGUGACGUAGCAGACAAAUCACACAUCGAUCAUCAGGUUGACAAGGCCGGAAAUGUGAGGCCGAAACCGAGUCUCUGGACCGUCAUGCAAGAGUGGAUCCACGCGCUGCCAGUAACCUCACAGAAGGAGAAGGAGCGCAGGGACAUGCUACAAGCAGAAUAUACACACCUCUCAAACGAGCUUGGACAAACACCAGGCUUGGAUGGCUACGACUAUAUCUUUGCUCACUGCGAUCUUCUAUCCGGCAAUGUCAUUGUACACCCUGGCCAACGGGAAGGCGGGAAGGGCCUGACUGUAAGCUUUAUCGACUACGAAUAUGCAACACCAGCACCCGCCGCUUUCGACAUUGCAAACCACUUUGCCGAGUGGGGCGGCUUCGACUGCGAUUACUCUGUUCUGCCAACCCGUGGCCAGCGUGCCGACUUCAUUGCUCAAUACCUCGCUUCAUACCGCAAUUUCGCCCCUGUAUCCGACUCAGAAACCAUCGAGCGCGAAAAGCAACAACUCAUAGAUCAAGUCGACACUUUCCGCGGUCUGCCAGGCUUCUACUGGGGUAUAUGGUCCCUCAUUCAAGCAACCAUCUCGCAAAUUGACUUUGACUAUGCUUCAUACGCUGAUAUCCGUCUGGGCGAGUACUGGGCUUGGAAAUCAGAAAGAGACGGUUCAAGGGAAAGAGAAGGCCGCGAGCCUGCGUUGCGAGAAAGGAGAUGGGCUGAAGAGUAA